AAGUAUACGCACCAUAUAUCGACAGCUCGGCGCACAGCUGACAUUCCGAAGUAUAUAUAUAAUAACGGCGGACACUACUCUCCAUAUAGCUCGCGGUGCGGCAUAUAAUCGGCGCGCACGACUCUUCUGCCUGGCGAGCACGAGCCCCGCAGUCAGCAUCGUAUUAUAUAGUCUCUCAGUGCGAUGUGCCGCGUGUUACUCGACGCAUCGCAGCCAACACCGACGCACCGCGUCCAUAAUAAUAUCGUACAUUAUAGCUAGCUGCGUCGUAUAGUAUUUUUAGAUAUAGAAUCGUUGCAGUUAGCAGUAUAGUAGCGUCGAUACAAGCCACCGACGCGAGUGACGCGCGGCUCACAUUCUCUUCCCUUUAAACGUACUGUAUAUACAAUAGAAUCAACAUGUGGCCGUUCAGCGCGACCUGUCAAAGUAAGGCCAGGCUCAUCGGCAAGACGAUCGUCAUCACCGGGGCCAACAGCGGCAUCGGCAAGGAGACGGCCCGCGAUCUCUACAGGAGAGGUGCCAGGGUCAUUUUAGCCUGCAGAAAUAUAGAAAAGGCGCAGGCGGCCGUCGAGGAGCUGAAAAAGACGCCUCCGUCCAAACCCGAUCGCGAGCAAUUCAAGGGCGAGCCCGGCGAGCUCGUGAUCUGCAAGCUCAACCUGUGCAGCCUCAAGAGCGUGCGCGAGUGCGCCAAGAAGCUGGCCGCCUCCGAGGCCAAGAUCCACGUGCUCAUCAACAACGCAGGGGUGAUGAUGUGCCCGCACGAGCGCACCGAGGACGGCUACGAGCUCCAGCUCCAAUCCAAUCAUCUGGGCCACUUCCUGCUCACCAUGCUGCUGCUCCCGAAAAUGAGGGACUCGGCGCCCGGUUGCCGCGUCAUCAACGUCUCCUCCAUGGCCCACAUACGAGGUCGCAUGUACUUCGACGACAUCAAUUUGGACAAGUCGUACACACCUCUGCGGGCUUACGAGCAGAGCAAAUUGGCCAACAUCCUGUUCACCAAGGAAUUAGCUCGUAAAUUAGAAGAGUCGAAGAUCAAGGGCAUAACGAGCUACUCGCUGCACCCCGGCGUAAUUGCCACGGAGCUCGGCCGGCAUCUGGAUAAUUCAUUCUUCCCGGGCACUCGGUUUCUGUUCUCGCUGCUGAGGCCGUUCAUCAAGACGCCGGAGCUGGGCGCGCAGACCAGCAUACACUGCGCCUGCGACGAGGAGGCCGCCAAGGAGACCGGCCUCUACUACAAAGAGUGCAGAGUGUCGGCCCCAGCGUCGAACGUCGACAACCUCGAGGACGCCGAGCGACUGUGGAUGGAGAGCCUGAAGCUCGUCUCGCUGCCGCAGGAGAAAAAGCUGACGGAUCUGCUGAGAGCUAUCGAGUCCCAGGAGCUGGCCUGAACGAAAAGAAGCGACGAAUAUCACUUUAUAAAUACUGUAUUAUAUAAUCACUACUGCGACCGAGCGAUCGUUCGUUAAUGAAUAACGCACACGCGUGUAUUAUGUACGCGUCUAUAAGAGGCCCCGCGCGCGCAUGCAUAUACACGCGCACACACGGUAAAAGAGAAAUAAGCCAGUAUUAGCUGUAAAAGUACAUAUAAAUUACUACCCUACUCUUCGUAAUCAAUAAGAGCUAUUCUUGUACUCGUUUCGAUAUGAUAAUAAAAAGUGUUAUAUUACA